CCUUUCCAAACCGUCAAUUCAUUCAAAAAAGUAUAUAUAAUAAUAUAUAUAACCUUUCCAAGUCGUCAACAUUAUCUAAAUUCUCUCCUUACUCUACUUCCUUGUAUUUCAAGAAACCAAGUUGGUAACCCACAUUGACAUGGAUCCUCCACUCUGCGCAAAUGGCUGUGGCUUCUACGGUUCCAUGGCCAAUCGGAAUCUCUGUUCCAAGUGCUACUCGGAUUAUCUUAAAGAAAACGUCGUUAACUCAUCAGUCAAGGAAGAAGCUACAAUUGACAAACAACCCCUUGCCGACUCAAAUCAGCCAAUUUCUACUUCUCAUUUAGCUUCAGCCAUUGGUGUAUCUUUGAGUUCUGAAACUGAAACUACUCAAAGUUCGGAAUCAGUUUCGAGUUGUGUGAAAAACAGGUGCAAAAGCUGCAACAGAAAGGUUGGAUUAAUGGGUUUCCGGUGCCGGUGCGGUGGUUUGUUCUGUGGGAAGCACCGGUAUGCAGAAGAGCAUUCUUGUGAAGCUGAUUACAAGACCAAAGAGCGAAAUCUUCUGGUCAAGAACAAUCCAGUUUGCAAGGCCGAUAAAUUGCAGAGAAUUUGAUUUAGAUACUGAGCUUGGAAGCCUAAAUUUAGGAUUAUUUUAUUUUAUUUUUUUAAUGAGACCAGUGAGUAG